AGGGUGUGUACCGCGGGCUUGGCGCAGUUCACCUGCAGGCCGCACCCAGCUCAGUCAGACUGAGGUCUCGCUCAUUGCAUCAGUGAAACCGGCGUGCGUUCGGUUCCGUCUUCGAGCAGGAGUGGGCGCGAGGGAAGUCCUGGAGGCUGAGUUACUGUGAAGGAACCUGCCACGACACCACGAUUCACAUCCAUCCCCGAGGGGACACCUGAAAACCCGCGCCUGCAGUUUGAGGGGAUGCGGUGAUACUGCCGGAGAUCUACCAUGAGAGCAUGCUGGGUGUGGCUCGUGGUGGCGGUGGUGCUGGUGGUGAGCGUGAGCGUCACCGAAGGGCGACGCGGGCGCGGGCGGGCCAAGGGCGGCCGGAAGAACACGGGCAGUCGCGGCGGCAUCGUCAGGUACAAAUCCGAAGACAGCAAAGCCUACUACAACCAUGACGACGGCGCUAAGAUCACGUUAUGGUCCCACUUCGAGUCGGAAUACUUGCUGGGGAGGAAAAUCGUGUUCAUGUGCGUGGCCACGGGGGACCCGCGGCCGCACAUCACCUGGUACAAGAACGGCAUCGAGCUGUACGCCCACUCAUUCUUCCAGGUGCACGAAUGGAACGAGGACGCCAACACGAUUAAGAGCAAGAUGGAGAUCGAUCCCGCCACGCAGAUGGACGCGGGCUACUACGAAUGCCAGGCGGACAACAAGUACGCCGUGGACGUCAAGGGCUUCAGGACGGACUACCUCAUCGUGUUUGACUGAGCACCGACCUCGCCGCGCGCCCGGUCGCCUGCCUCCUCCUCGCCCUCGGCCUCGCCAGGAGAAGUCUUAGCCCGCUCACCACUUGGCACGAACACGCCGGCCACAACAGGGUACCGAAGGGCGUGGUGGCGGGCACUCGAGGAGUCUCGCAGUUGGUUGAAUGUUGAUCCUUGACGGGACUAAGGGAAACGGAAACACAUAUAGACUGUGAUGGUGUUCUACGUAGAGAAAAUGUGUUCAGAGUCCGUCUGCCCAUCGGCUACAAAAUUACAAGGUCGAGAUGUUUUGUUCAAAAUGUUGACUGUGUAAUCAACGGUAUAAGGCUGCGGUUGUUAGGAUAUCAGGUCAGUACAAAUAAUGCAGGUCUACACUAUCUGUAGAUGUGAUUACUGGUGUAUGCAUCGACCUCUUCACAAAGAGCGUGCGCCCGGUGUGACGUCGUGGCCAAGACUGUUCACCUUGGCCUCCGUUCCAGUCACAGCUGGGGAGUCUGAGGCGGUGCACAUUGCACUGUCAAUCUGCGAAGGAGUGUGUAGGAACAUGAAGUGUGUUUAGAUGAUUUUCGUAUGACGGUCCGAUCAGUGAUUCCUGUCAGGACACACGUGGGGUCGAGACCACCGUAGAUUAUCAAUAUCGUUUAGAAUAGAAAAUUGCCCGUAAGAGUAAUAUUCAUCUGCAUUAUAGCUCGAAUUCAGUUAUAUUAUUCAUAGAGUGAGUGCAAAAGAGUAGAAUAGGAAUCCUAGUAAUCACAUAAGCGGACGAUAAUGAACAAAAAGGAGUUUGCGAUGCUUAAGCGUGGAGGUUUUUGGGUGAGUGCAGCCGAGAGCAAAAUAGUUGCCGGCUAAAUCGAGUACAACUUUCAGGAAAGAAGUUCUUCAUGGCUCAGCGCAGACCGAGAAAGGGCACAGGAACCGCGCUGGAGGGUAAAGCAGUCUGGCCAAGAGUCCGCUGCGUCGUACCAUUGGCAUAUGCGGCCAGGGUAUCGAGGGAUAGAAGAUGGUUACCGUUAAGAAAGACACGUGAACGCGUUCGGUGAUUUGCUUAAACCUGUAAUCGGUCACUGUAGCACAAUUACUAUAAAAUGUCAUUCAAUCAGUAUUAAUUGUUAGAGCAGGUAUACUGACAAUGUAGGACGACACAUGCAACUGUCUGCACCAAGCUAAGAAAACUCAAACAUCCACUUGAUAGCAGGCACGUUUAUCUCCCCUAGACCCGCAG